AUGGGUACUCGAACAUAUUUUAAUCAUAGAAGUCUGGCAUUCAUUGUACUUAUAACUGGUAUUCUCGGUGGUCUUCUCAUUGUUUUUUCGAUUUUAUUACUAUGCAAAUAUUGUUUAAAUCGAAAAAAUUUGAGAGAAGCCGAACAAAUGAAACUUUUAUACGAAACAUUAAAUCAAGCGUCAUUACUCGAUUCAAAUCGUUUAAUUCAUCGUGGUAUUCGAGAAUGUUCACCACUUGAACCACGUCGAUCAAAUCCACUCGAUCGAUAUCAAAUUGCCGAAGAUCAACGGCAAAUACCUAGUUCAAAACAAGUAACAUCAGAUUAUCAUUCAUCAAACGGUCAAAGUUUACAACCUAAUCAAUCUUAUCAUGAGAUUCGAGAACAUAUUGGUAACAAACAAAAUGAAUCUCAUAUUUAUAGAAAUACUAAUAUGGAUGAUGAACAAGCUUAUUUACAAGUUGAUCCACGUUGUUAUGUUCGACAAAAUUCAAAUAUUUCAUUAACAACACAUAGAAAAUCAGAUACACCACGUCUUGAAAAAGGUCAUUCACUUAAUGUUGAUACACGUUCAUCACCAUCAGCAACUUCCUUAUCACCUUAUCGUCAAAGUAGUUUUGAUGUUACUUUUGCUUGUCGUUCUCAACCACAACCAUUAACAUCAUCACCUGCAUCAUCAAUACAACAAGAAAUAUAUUAUACACCACGUGGAUCAAGUCUUUCUGUAAUUGGUAAUCCAUUAUCAAAUACUUCAACAAUAUCUCAACAUUUAUCUCCACCUACACCUUCAACAAGUCGAAAAAAUUCUAAUUCUAUUAUUGUUGAGAAAAAAAAUCUUACAGCAACAAUUGAUCCAUUAGAUCAAACAUCGAAAGUACGUGCAUCAAUUGCACAACGAGAACAUGAAAUUUCUCGAUCAUUUGAACAAUCAUCAUCAUGUCCACCAGUUCAAGAACCUCCACCAGUUCAAGAAUCUCCACCAUCUAAUCAUACAACAAAUGAUAAACAAUCUCGUAGUUUUGAUGCUGUUCAUCUUUUACGACCUGGUACAAAUCGUGUUGAUGCUAUUAAUCGUCGAACAAAAUCUUAUGAAUAUGCUGAUGAUCAUCGUCCAUCAAUAUCAUCUAUUGCUCCACCACCUAUUAUUAUUAAAAUUCCUGAUAUGACUGAACUUGUUCAAGCAGCUCAAUUAUCUCAAUUAAAAAAUCGAAGAGAAAAUACAAAUAUAGAAGAAUAUCAAAGAAAUACAAGUCGUAAAGCAACUCUUGUUCAACAAGCAAGUAUAAAUGAUUAUGAUGGUUUAACAACAGCAGCACAUGAUCUUUGGCGUUUACGUCAUUCGUAUGAAUUUGAACAACAACAAUUAGAUCGAACAUCUCCUGAUGAAUUCUCACCAGAUUUAUCAACAUCAAUUGAUUCAGCUGGAGCUUUGCCUAUUCAUAAUAGUAAUAAUAGUACAAUUUCAGUUGGUGGUGGUGGAGGUGAUGAUGAUCCAUUAAAAUAUCAAUAUCGUCGUAAAAGUUCAUCAAAUCUUUUAUUACCACCACCAGAAGUUCGUCGUCAAGCUCUUCGACGUACAUUUGAAAAACGUCGUAGUUGUAUUAAUCAAUCAAAUAAUCGACGUGAAGAACGAUUACUUAAAAAUCAAAAUGAUUUAGAUGAUGAAAAUAAUAAAGAUUCAAUCAUAGAUUUUUCAAGUUUAUUAAAUAAUUUUAAUUCUAAAAGUGAUAAUUCAAGUUUUGAACGAAGUCUUGAAACUGAUUUUGAUAUGCAAUCAGAUACAAGUAGUCGAGGACCAAAUGAUCAAUUUACAUCAAUUGAAUCAUCAGGAAAUGAAAAUGCUUUACCUGAUGUUACUUAUCGACAACAACAGCAACAGCCAGAACAAAAAGAACAACAACAACAACAAUCACCACAUCAAGAUGAUAGUGGUUAUAGAUCAUUAGAAAGUCAAAAUCGAACAUUCAGUUUAGAUUGGAUGUCACAUGAUGGAAUCGAAAGUGUUAUUUAUAUUGGUGAUGCACGUAUUCAACAAAGGAGUGUUGAUGUUAAGGAUUUGGAUGAUGAUUUAGCUCAACAACAACAACAGCAACAACAAACAAAUAAUAACCGUUCAAAAAUUCUUCAGAAAGGUCUACAUCAUUCCUAUCAAGAAGCAUCAACAAAUCUUAUUCCUCCGAAAUUAUCAAAUUCCCAUAUGAUGCAACAACGUAGUUUAUCAACAAACAUUCCACUUGUUGAAAAUCAUAAACCAAAUCCAAUGAAUCUUUCCAUAUUUCCAAAUAUAAAUCAAACAUAUUUAAAUCAUAAUAAUACGGAUAAUCAUAAAAUUAUAUCGUCAUCAUCAUUUAUUCGAUCAGCAAGUAAAAAACGACGAGAAUUUAGUAAAGAUAAACGAAAUACUUCAUCUAAUAUUAUUCCAUCACAUAUAACAACUGAUGAAUAUCCAACAAAAGUUUAUCAAAUUAAUGAAACAAAUACGAAAUCUUCAUCAUCAUCAUUACAAGUUCGACAUCCUGAUCUUCGUCGAACUAAAUCUGAUGAUACAAGAAAUUUAAUUUUACAAAAUCAAGAUGAUUCAUCUACAAAAGAACUAGCAUUACAUUCACAUGAAGCAAAAUCUGAUACACAUAUAUCAUCCAAUACUGAUAGUAUACUUCUUUCUACUUCAUCUUCAAGUCCUAUUCGACAACGUCUUUCUCCUACUAUAACUAAUACAAUUAAUUCUCGUCAUAUUCUUCAACGUUCACCAUCUACAACAACAUCAUCAGUUAGUUCUAAUCCACAAGUAGAAGCAUUUCGUUCUCAACGUGGUUCAAUAUCAUUUGAUAAUCAAACACCAUUAAUUAAUCCUUCAACAUCAUCAACAAUAAAUAAAACAAAAGUCUUACCAACAUAUUCAAUUCUUCCAACAUGUAUAACAAAACCACGUCUAAAAUUUAGUAUGGUACGUGAUACAGCUAUGGCUAGUUUAAGUCAUAAUGCACCCGUUUAUUCAAUGCCAAUAAUACGUGAUUAUAGUAUUGAUGAAAAAACAAAUCGUAUUGUUAAUGAAUUUCUUAUGCAUGAUCCAUCAUUAGAUGGUAAAAAAAAACAUACUAAUGAUGAUAUUUCAUAUCGUGGAACACCAAAACGUCAUUAUCAUCGAAUACGACAAAAAACACUUGAAGAAACAAUAUCAAUAAAUAGUAUACAAAAACAAUCCCAACAACAACCUCGAUCACCAGUUAAUAAACAACGACAUCAUAGUUCUUUACAGACAAAUUUGCGUAAACAUUCUCAUAAUCAAUAUCCAUCUAUACAUCUUUCUGAUAAUAUAGAACAACAUGAAGAAGAAGAUAGUAGUGAUCCAGCAUCACCUUUAUUAAAAGUUAAUCAACAAUUAAUAGUUUCUACACGACGAGAUAAUAAUCUGACAGUUGAAUCUCCAUCGAUUAUUAUUACUGGUGAUGAUAGUGGUAGUCAAUAA